CCGUUCCCGCUUUCGACGAGUGGCCAGUCUGGGCUGAGAACGCAAUGGGCCCCGUACGGCCUGGACUCGUCCCGUUACUGCUGCUGGCGCUUCUGGCACGAAGUUCGGCCAGCAUCAUCGGCCGAGGCACAGCGCGCCAGCUGCGAGGCAGCCAUGCCUGCCCCGCUGCAUCCGAGACAUGUCCGCAAUUUGGACCCAUUCCCGCCAGCCUAGGAUCGAUUGUGUGCGGCCCUUCCAAGAGUGUGCUUCUUGUUACGGUGGGUCUGGUGGACAACCCCAGCCUCAAAGCGCCAAGCUGGCUGUCACCGCAGAGGCUACUCGCCGUGCAAGUCGACCGAAACAUGGCCGAUGGCAGCAUGGCGGUUCGAGUUUCCAACAGAUCGGACGACGAAGGAGCCAUGACAUCGGCCUCCGACACGUGCAAGCGCUUCAAGGUCAAGAAGGUUUUUGACUUUUCGCCAAGUGCUGAGGCCAAGCCCCUGGCUGGGUUGGUAGACUUGCUCGUGUCCAACGAAUGCGACACGCAUGGAGUGUUCUCCGAGCCCGGUCACGUGCUGCUUUUGUCGGAGAGGCCUCUGGGUGAUGUCGCUAAUGCGGACGUCCUAUCUCUGGGAGACGGCGUCUCGGUGUUCCUGCUGCCCAAGAGCGGCAACGUGACGCUGCCGGCCUGUUUCGACGUCCAGAGGCAGCCAGGACGCAGACCUCCCGAGAAAGCGCUUCUGGUGGCCGACACGGAGCCCGACGCUGCGGUGCCGUGUCACAUUGGGCGCCAGCCCAUCGGCCUCAGCUGCCCCCUCUGCCCACCGCAUAUCGGCGACGAACUGAAAGCACGCGUCUGUACAGCUCCCACGGCGUUCAUCGUGAGAAGAAACGCGGAAAGGCUGACAGCGCACAGCCGUAGGAAACCUUGGUUUCUGCCGAAGCUUGAAAUCUCGCAAGUUGCACCACUGCGGACUGUAACAGAAAUCAACAUUCGUGUUCAAGAGAGAAGACCACUCGGAGGCAACGAAUCUGGUUCGUCAACCUGUGUCAGGGGAACCCUCUCGAUUUUGGAUGACGUCAGCCCCGGUGGUAUCGACACCAUUGCGUCGAAUGUCAACUUCAUCAUGCGAUCCAACUGCGCCUGCGACUUCCUCCGCAAAGACGCCGGCUACGCCAUGCUGCUGCACGACAAGCCCAUUCCGAGGUCGGCCAGGACCGUGCAGCUCGACGACAGCUUCACGCUCGUCUCGCUGCCAGCCGGCGUCACCAACCUGACGUCGUGCGCCUCUGAUGCCCCGGACCAGGCCGACCUGAUGCUGGGAGACCAGCCCGUGGUAACCGCGCAGCGUCAGCUCGUGGCCCCAGUACUUCCGCAGGGUUGUCCCGUGUGCCACAGCGAGCUGGAAGCCGACCUCUACAACCCAAUCUGCGGUGCCCGAACGGUUGUUCGAAUGCUGUCCCUGAAUCCUGCCGCCAGAGGUCCGUCUGGCACAUACAUUGGGAAGACGCGAAUCGUCCAGUCCGUGAGGGGAGCGCAGGACAAGAUCGGACAUACGCUGAUCUACACCUUGCCAGAGAACUGCAAAUGUGACUACGUGACCAAACCAUCCAGGCAAUACUUCGUGUUCAUGGACCAAAUUGCCACGGCCGGUGGGAGGCCGACUCACGUGCCGUUCACAAACCAGAUGCACAUCCUGGCCUACAGUUACAGGAAUGCGCGACUCCUGCACGACGCUCUGUCCGCAUGUCCGAGCUCCGCUAGUGAAUCGCUUCCCGUGAUGCAGAAGCGAAUGGACACCUACGCAGCGGCUGACCAGGCUGAGUACGUCGGUAGCUACGGAGGUGCCUCUGGUCCUCUCUACGGUGCAGCCCCCGGUGCCUCUCAGCAAACCGAACCGAAAGUCUCCGGCGGAUACGGCACGUACGAAGCGGGAAGAUCUGCUUAUGGAUCCCCGAGCUAUAGAGCAGCGCCAGCUUCACCGAGUUACGGCGGGGCGGCCCACACAGCGGCUUACGGCGCCGGGUCCGCGUAUGGCCCAGCACCUGCACCCGGCUACGCCUCUCCGAAAGCGAACGCCGGUUACGCAGCCCAGCCACCACCGCCUCCUGGUUAUGGUGUAACCUCUUCGCCAAGCUAUGGCUACGCGCAGUCACCUUGGAAUUACAAUACCGCUACUGCGAGUUAUGGCGCUAGCGCACCUUUGUCCCCGCAAAGCUACAACGCCGCCCCCGCUUCUAGUUACAGCAGCUCGGCAGGAGCCGCCCAUGUUACAGCUCCCGGUUACGGGGCUCCUCAAGGUUCCACCUAUGGAUCGGGCUCCGCAACUGCUGCCCCUGGCUACAAUUCCGCAACUACUGUCCCUGCCUACGGUGGAAGCUCUGGUCACGGGCCAAGCUACGGCGCUACCUCGUACAGCGGAGGAGCAACUGCAGCCCCAAGUUACGUGGGUGCUGCACCCGCUGCUUACGUGCCCACAGCGCCAAGCUAUGGGCCUCCUCCUGCUCCCACUCACAACAGCGCUCCUGCUUCUGGAUACGGCGCGCAAGCUCAGCCUUCCAACUACGGUUCUGCCUCUCAGUCAUCGUACAACAGUGGUUCUGCUCCGACCGACGGUUCUUCGAGUUCUUACUCCCCGGGACUCUCGUACAAUGCUGCUAAACAGGAGGCCGAACAAGGGCCGAGCUACAACUCUGCGCCUGCACCUUCUUAUGGCGCUACAGCUGGGGGUAGUUAUGGUUCUGCAAGCGCGACAAGCUAUGGCACUGUGGGCGCAACGCAUGCCCCUAGAUACGCGGCAUCCGCUCCAAGUGCAAGCUACGGUGUGACGGGACAUGGAGGCGCGUCGGCCUCCGUGUACAACCAAGGCAGUAACAACCAAGCAGGUGCUGGUUACGGCGCUGGAGCGCCUAGUCACAGUUCGGGCACUCCGAGCGCCUCAAGCUAUGGCUUAGCACCUUCAUUAAAUAAUGGCGGACACCCUCCUGGGUCAUCCAGUUAUGGACCAUCGAGCUACAACGCUGCUCAGCAAAAAGCUCCGGCGUACGGUAGUCCUGCUCCAGGCUACGGGUCUUCGUCGUCUGGAAACUAUGGCUCCGGUAUGGCAGCCAAUUAUGGUCCCGCGCCUUCUCCGGGCUUCAAAAACCCUCCUGAUUAUGUUCGAGCUCCUAACCCCGGUUACGGUCCACCUGCUGCGGCCUACAGUAACGAAGCUUUGCCUGCAUCUGGAGCAUAUGGAUCAGGGUACAGCCCCGCGGCCGCAGCGUACGGUCAAGCUUCCUCGCCAACCUACGGACCACCUGCUUACAGUGGUGGAACCGACGCAGCCUACGGAGCCGGUGCAUACAGCGGUUACCGAGAUGUGACUUAUGUGCCUCCAUACGGAAUGGUCGAGUACCCGCCGGCAGCCUACGAGCCGCUGUACCCUAACGAAGACUACGCCACGGUGAUAUCUUACGUUCCAACAUACGCUUCGGACGACGAAUACUCUGCUGGCACUCAGGAUUCCUACGGUAACGCGGGAUACGGUACAAACGGCGCGACCUACUCUCCCCCGCCGUACGCUGCUCCUGGCUACGGAGGGUCAACCUACUCUCCUCCAGCUUCUUCAGCAUACACAGUAGCGCCUUCGUCCUAUAGAGGUAAUAUUGGAUACGACUCGCCGUACGGUACUUACGCACCCCCUUCUUCUGGGCACAGUGAGCAGGCCUCGAAGGGAGCGCAUUCGAGUCCGGUUUAUUCUUCAGCCUCGUAUGGUUCCGCUGGACCUUCAGCCUACAACCCACCUCCGGCUGCCCCAGUCUAUGCUGCGCCAGGCUAUCCUGCCGCCGGUGGAAAAAUUCUUUCCUACGGUGGUGCAGCUCCUAGCCAAUCAUACGGUUCCGCAUCGCAUGCCGCAUUGGCUGUAUCCUACUCUCCACCCUCGUACACUGCGCCAGCUUACGCCCAGCAUUCUUAUGGCGGCAGUGCCGCAGCCCCAUAUCACGCGCUGGUUCCGCAAGGUUCCGCCGGCGGAAGCUACCUUUCUAACACCAACAGCGCGGGCUCUUCUGGUGCCCCCUACAACUCUGCCAGUUCUGCCUCCUCGCCUUAUUUCUCACCUAAGUAUCCGCAGGCAACGUACGCGCCGGCUGCGUCUCCGGGUUCAAUGUACCCGUCCCCAAUGCCAAGUGCAACUUCCUACGCGCAAAAGCCCGCUCCCACUUACAACGCGCCUGCUUCGUCGGCUGCAUCGUACACAGCAGCGCCGGCUGCACCCGCUUAUGCGACACCGCAGUCGUACGGCCAGUUAGCGCAUAAGCCUCCCGCUGGUGGUAAGCCAAGCUAUAUCAACGCUCCAGUGCCUACUGCUACGUACGGUCCCCCGCGUCAUUCUGUCCCAUCGUACAGCCCCGCCGCAGCAGGACAGGGCACGGCCUACGUCACCGCAGGUUAUGACCAGGCACCCCAUGGCAGCAGCAGUUACACAGCGACCGUAUCUGCGCCUGCAUACGCCGCCCCGAAGCCAUACGCUUCUCAAACGCAGUAUGGUAGCGCACCACCUGCUAGUAGCGGCAGCUCGUAUAAUCCAGCCGCGUAUGCCACAACGGCGGGAUACUCAGGAGCCGGCGGACACGAUGCUCCUUCCUACCGGUCGCCUGGUAAGGCUUACGAACCGACCCAAGGUCGCAACCCUUCUUACGACGGUCAGCCAACCCCGUCUUAUGCCACUCCAGCCUAUGGCCCAGAUGACACGCAACAGUCCUCAUAUGACGGUUCUUCCUCGGCACAGGCUUAUACGACGUCUUCUUACGGCUCUGUUUCUUACACAACGCAGGGAUCAAGUCCCGCUUCCUACAGCGCAACUUACGCUCCUGCAGCGCACAACGCGCCAGCUUAUUCUAUGCCUUCAAGUAACGGGCCGACAAGACUUGAAGCUGCGGCUGCUUCCGGACCUGCAGAAUAUUCGGCAGCGACUUAUGCUCCGCCGUCUUACAACGCACCUUCGCCUUCUUACAAUGCACCUUCACCGUCUUACAACGCACCGAGCUACAGUGCUUCGAGUGCGCCACUGUCUUAUUCAGCGCCAUCGUACGUAGCUUCCAACGCCGCGCCUUCGUCCGCGAGCCAAACGUACAAUCCUUCGUAUGGCUCAGCUGGUGCAACGAUGCCGUCUUAUGCCGGUUUGCCAAAGGCACCAUCGGCGACGUCCAGCGGUGGAAAGCCCUACAGCGUCGCCACCGUCACCGUGUCACCACCGGUCUAUCCUGUAGCGUCAUACGCACCAUCUGCCUACGUUUCCCCCAACUACGUCCAACCUUCGUAUGCUGCUACUAACCCUCCACCCGCUUACGCGCCGCCCGACUACUUUUCCGCCGCGGCAGCUCCACCUACUUACAACCAUCCAUCUUACGCACCAUCUUACGCUCCUCCCUCUCAUUCUGCUCCAGUCUACGCCCCUAUGGCUUCCUAUGGCCACGUCCCGCACAGAUCGCUGUAUCCUGCCCCAGCGUACUUAACUGUUACUUACGCUCCAGCGGCAUACGCCCCUGGUCCAUACGGUCAGCAUUCGUACACUCCCCCUACCUACUCUGCUCCUCUCUACCCUCCCCAUGUCCAGCCUACAUACGCAGCUGCAGCGUAUCCGAUUCCCCCUUACGCAGAACAGCCGUAUCCGCCGCAUCACGGCCCACAAUAUAACCAUCCUUCACACAACCAGCCGCAUUACGGCGGCGCAACCUAUGCUCCGCCAGCGUACUCGGCACCGUCUUAUGGUGUUUCAUACGCACCACCAGCUUACUCGGCACCUUCGUACGCUCUUCCUUCCUACAACGUGCCCGCCAAUUUGGUUUCCUAUGCGCCACCAGCGUAUUCUGCUUCCCAGUACCCGCAGCCAGCUUAUAGCAAGGAGGUGUACAGCGCGUCUUACGCACCUCCGGCAUAUGCAGCCCCAUCCUACUCUAAGCCACCGCAUCCACAGCCAUCGUACGGCGCCUCCAUCGCACCGGUAAUUUACAAGGCGCCAGCUUCCGCUGGACCUACGUACGGCCAGCCUGCACACCAGAACACGGCAGCACACAUGGUCGCCGUCCAGCACGCUCCUUCGUACGGCGGCUACGCAAGUGUAGCAGCUGGCCCCGUCAAGUAUCCUGUGGGACAUCAUGCAGCACCGUCCUACGGCGAUAACGCUGGCCAAAAUGCCGCGUACGGUCAGCCCUCGUAUCCGCGCUACCCACAACAAGCUGUGACGAUGUCUUACACCUUGCCGGCACAACCGCUUCCGUCUUACUUUUCCCCGUCACAUGGCAAUCAUGCUUAUGGUGCCCCAGUAAGUGCUUACGGGCCUGCAAAACCGAACUAUGUUCCCGCGCCUCAGCAAAGACCUGCCCAAGGUGCCACAUACGCACCAGCUGGUCCGCAAGGAGUAGGCUCUUAUGGACAACCUCCAGCGUAUGGUUCGGAGAUGAAGGCGCACGCGACAUCAGCUCCGCAUUCUUAUUCCGCUCCUGCGUCUUACGCGUCCGCAACCGCAGCGGGAGCAAGCAGUGGUAACGGCGCUUACGGGGCCGCCACCGGCAGCGGCGGUGGUAACGAGGGUGCAUACGGGCAAGGGCCACCACAAAGUGGAGCGUACACAACUAUGUCGUACACUGCCCCCACGCCAACCUAUGAAUCUGCGUACACCACCUACUCUCCCUCUGGUCAGUCGCAAUACACAACGUACGCCACGCCGAGCAGUUACUCACCUUCGUACACCACUUACGCCGCGCCAUCGAGCCAGCCAAGUUACACUACUUACAGUUACUCCCCGUCGACUUACACUACGCGCUCUUCGAUCUACUCUCAGCAGUUAUACACGACUUACGCGACACCGACGGCAUAUUCACCAGCGCCGGCGACUACGCACUCACCGUCAUACUCCGGUCACUCGGAAUCUGAUUACGGGUCUUCUAGCAACAGCGGGCCCGCCUCGUACGGUGUCACCUAUGCACCCACUUAUGCACCCCCGGCGCCCAGCUAUUCUCCGCCCAGCUAUCAUCCCCCUGACUAUGAAGAGUCAAGUUACGGGCCUGCCAGUUAUUCCGCUCCACCCGGUUACACUACAGUGAGCUACUCAGCGGUUACCCACGCGCCGCAGGGCUACAAUUCUCCGAGCUAUUCGCAACCCGCGUACUCGGGUCCUUCGUACGGUGAGGCCAGCCACGCUCCUGCAGGCUACUCCGGUCCUACUGCGGGGUACCCGCCGGCCACCUACGCACCACCCGGCUACUCUGCACCUAGCCACUCUCCCCCACCAUACUCAGCGCCUCCGCACGCCGAUCCGGGUUACCCUUCGGCUGCCUACACGGGUGUCACCGACGUCCCUGCUGGCUACUCAGCACCUCCUCACAUGCCUCCACCCAACUCGGCGGGUGGCUACGGGGCAGCCACUUAUGCGCCUGCAGCUCAGUCAGCACCCGCCUUCUCGCCAACGCUAUCGGACUACCGAGGUUCCGCUCCCGACUACCCGCCUCCGGCUCUGGUGCAACCCGCCUACGGCAGGUCAGUCCACCCCGAGGCCUUGAUGCGUUACGCUCCUGCGAAGACGCUAGAGCCGUCGUACAAGCAAGCUUACUCCAUGGGGCCGCUAAAGGUGGCGCCACAAGCGCUGCCACAAGCACCGCCAGAAGAGCCGCCGUAUAAGCCUAAGUGUCCUCAGGCCGCGCACACUUGUCCCGUAUGCCCGGCAGUUCUGGACAAGGAGCUGCUCAAGAACAUCUGCAACUAUGACCUCGUUGCUGAAGCCGAAGUGAGCUAUCCACCCCAGGCUGGGGCACCAUACGGAGGCCUUUGUUCGGAGAUGUGCGUCGGUGAAAUACUCCACGGAACAGCCUCCGUCAUGGACAAGAUUCGCUUCUCCAUCAACAAGUACUGCUCCUGCGAUACCGCAUAUAAAGAGUACGGGAAGGUGAUCGUGUUCAGCACCCGGCACAGCUGGCACGCCCACGGCGGCUCCUACGGAGAGCUGAUACUGGACGACAAGACCGUGCUGCUGCCCGCCAGCGCAGCGACCGUGAAGGCGCUCCGGGACGCCCUGAAGGUUUGCAACCGCGGCCACAGGUAUCCGGGACGGCAGGCGUACGCGGACGCCGCUUACACGGGGCCGGCCGGCUGCCCGGACCCUUUUGACGAGUCGUGUCCCCAGUGCGCCAGCACCAUUGCCACGGAGAGUCUGGCCACGGACCUGUGCACGUCCGAAUACGCUUCGGUCGUCGCGAUUGGACUCGACUACCAGAAGAUGGCCGUACACAAAAACGGUCGGUUCUCAUGGAAGCAGACUUAUCUCCCCGACAUUCAAGUGAAUGAAGAGACUGCCUUCGGCACUAACCUGAGUGUUGUCAUCAAAGUUAACGCCACGCCGACUGAGACCGCACUAGCCGAACCAGAGCCCGGCAGCCUAACGGACUCGUGCCUGACGUACACAGUCAAGGCACUGUACAACGUUAGCCGCGGCUCAGACCCUGUGGCGGACACGUACGACCUGCAGCUCUUCCUCGACAAGCGGUGCCCCUGCCAGCAACUCAAGAGCCAGUUGCCUGGCUACGCGCUGCUCGUAGUGGACAAACAGUCGAAGCUCUCAGACGGAGUGCUGCAGCUCGGUUCGGGCGCCAAGUUGUACCCGCUUGAAUACGGCAUGCACACGCUACCCUCGUGCCCUGUCGAAGGCGACUCCAAGGAUUCUAGGAUCGAUCCGGGCCCGGAGACCAAACUGCCGUUGCCAGAACUCGAGAUACCAGUGGAGGGUGGUGCAGAUACAUCUGACGAGGGCCCAUGCCCAGAGGAUGCUCCGGCCACUUGUCCAGUCUGCAUCGAUGCCUCCGAAGAGCCGGCGGCUACCGCCACACAGUACUGCAAGUCAGAAUAUGCUGCCGUCGUGAGCAUUCCGGAUGACGCCUUCUUGGCCAGCAGCGAGUCUGCAAUACAACCUUGGUGGGCACCCAAGCUCAGCCUUUCAACUGUUUCUGGUGGAUCCAGCAUUCAGGUCAACGUGAACGUGAGACCCAAGGCGAGGUACCAGUUCCCACAGACGGACCGCACCGUUGGUCAUGCAGACGACAACCGCAAAUGUCGCUCGGGAAAGCUGCAUGUGAAGCAACAGAUAACGUCUGGACACCAGGAAGAGCCCACGGACGCCGUCAAGUUCACCAUCAUGAGUUCUUGCAAGUGCGGCUUCCUGGAACAGCCAACUCAAUUCGCCGUGCUAGCCAGCAUCAACGUGCCGAAUAGCGAUCAGCCACUCCACCUAAGCGAAGACGUCACGCUCAUCAGCCUGCCACUAGGCAAGACCGAGCUGCCCAAGUGCGUGCGGGCCAAGCCUACCAAGAAGGCCCGCUGGAAGUUCUGGUGAUCACAAGCAGCGCACAUUGUGCCACAAAGCUCUGUGCGGUUUCUGCUGGCGUAAUGAGUAGGCGCCAUUGUCACAAAACUUUUGGGCUGCUGUGCAGCGCCCAAGAGAAUAAAGUGCCUUGUUUGAAUG